AUGUCUGAAAAUGUGUUUCGUGCCCAGCUAUCCUCGUGGCGAAACAGUGCGAGCGUGAUCUCCCAUAGUGCCGCGGCCGAGACAGAAUCGUUUUUUUCAAAAGUCAAGGGAUUCAAUCCUUUUGCCAGGACCGGACUACGUCUGCCUCUCACUGAGCGCGCUGAAGAUGAGCCGCUAGAGGAACCGAGCUGGUUUACGUUGUCUCGUUGGGACCGCUUGCUGGUCUUUGGUGCUUGUUUGCUAGGUGCAGUCGCGCUGUUUGCUCUGUGCUUUGCCUUGCUGCCGGUCCUGGCCGUCAAACCGCGCAAGUUCGCUACUAUUUGGUCCCUGGCCAGUCUGCUGUUUAUCAUUUCGUUCGGCGUUCUCCAGGGCCCUGUAAAUUAUCUCAUUCAUCUGGUCUCACCUGGCCGUAUUCUAUUCACAAUUGCAUAUUUCGGAUCCAUUGUUCUCACCCUGGUUUUCAGCAUGGGUCUUCGCUCCACCAUACUGACUUUACUGGCCAUCAUCGUUCAAAUGAUUGCGGCAAUCUGGUAUACGGUCUCUUACUUCCCCAUGGGUACUCAAUCGCUUAAAUUCGCUUCCCGUGUUGGUGCUCGCCAGGUCACGUCGUGGAUCAACUCAUAA